CAAAACUCCACCAGAGCUGAGCUGCACCCAGAGGAAGUGGGUUUGUAUAUGACUGGGACUCACUGAAGACACCAAUCUGUAAACGCGGUGAGAGCAUGGAGGCCACAUCUCUGCUGAAACUGCUCUUUGUGAUGACCCUGCUGUUCCACUCAACAGACCAGACCCGUCUGAUUUUGAGUCCCAGCAGCCUUCAGGCCUUCACCUGGAAGUCCCUCGCUUUGAGCUGUGAGGAUGGAUGGAUGGUGAAGAGGAAUACCAGCACGGAGAGCAGAAUUCCAUGUGGCAUUUCCUGGGGACGAUGGGCUGGUUCCACCUGCACCAUCAGUGUUACAGUCACAUGGGACAGUGGAGUCUACUGGUGUGAGUCCAGAGAGGGGGCAAUGAGCAACUCUGUCCAGCUUACUGUUACUGAUAAACCUGUGAUCCUGCAGAGUCCUGUUCAUCCUGUGAUACAGGGUGAUAGCAUCACUCUGCAUUGUAAAACAAAGAUGUCUGACACGCUCUCUGCUGACUUCUACAAAGACAACAUCCUCAUUGGAUCUGGAUCUGCAAGUCACAUGACCAUUCACCAUGUGUCCAAGUCUGCUCAGGGCCUGUACCGGUGUCACAUCAAAGGUCACGGAGAGUCACUGCCCAGCAGGGUCAUCAUUACAGGUGAUGACUACAGGACUACAGGGGAUGACAACAGGACUACAGGUGAUGACAACAGGACUACAGGUGAUGCUGCGCCUACAGGUGCUGCUCCCAACUUGGCUCUGCUCACUCCUACAGCUGUGCCGUUAACGAUGGCCCCGCCUCCUGCCUGGCUCCCCCUCCAAACUGUUAUCAUACUGUUGCUCCACCUGGUGAAGUUCAGUCCGUACUUCGCCUCCACCUUUCUCUUGGUGUUGCUCUUCCGACGCAGGUCUUCAGGGAAGGACCGCCCCGUCUCCGUGGUGACGCAGAUGCCUAAAUAUGCUGUGGUGGGAUUGGACGAUAUCUACGGUAAUGUCGUCCCCUUGAAGCACCACGUCUGAACCAUGAAAACUUUUACACAAGGCUGGAAAUGGACCAGUCCUGCUGAUGCAUGCUGGGUAAACUCAACCUUAACACAGCUGCAUUGUGGGUAUAUCUCAGAGGGUGGUAGUGACUUAUUAGGACACUGUAAAUGGAGUAAUCUGAUUGGAUAAGAGGCUGUCCAUGAUGCUGUAAUGAAGGAUAACUCCUGCUGUGUAUUUCUCUACCUCAGCGGUCCUGCUUACAGCUCCAGGUUCAGUAUUUGUCCAUAAAACAGACUCAGCUCUUUGUUAAAGAGCCGCUUCCUUUAGCCGCUGUGAUGCCGCUGGUGUUUUUCUUCUCUGUGGUUAGGUAGCCCACAGCUCUAUGGUCAUUCUACUUCCUGUUUCAGAUGAAAUGAGAGCGACUGUCACACCUGCGCCUCGCCAGGAUGUCUGAAAAACAAACCUACCCAGUACGUGUUUGUAUGUUGGCAGGAAACCGCUGAGUACAUGUAAAACCCUCAUAUGUGGACCUUUACAGCCUGCUCUCUGUUGUUGCUGAAUGUUUUCAUAAAUCAUAUUUAUGUCAUAAAAACCUUUAUUAAACAAUGUCAGCCUUAAGGGUUCAGAUAAGAGGGGCCUAAGCCUAACCAAACCCUCACUAACAGACUGAUCAACGUUGCUUUCUUUCUGCUUGUUUUUCCUGCAAAUCUGUGAUGAUAACAUUCUUCUCUAAAUGUCCGUAUGUUCCUGAAAAAAGAGUUUGAUUUAUAGAUCUAGAUUUCUCUAUCACUGCCUCCAUCAGUACUGUCAUUUCCAUGAUUCAUGUUAUAAACAGCUGAGGAGGAAAUACCUCUACAAGUUUAAGUCAAGUCAACAGCGCCCCCUGCUGCCCAGGAACCAUGACACAGGACUUAAAUGAGAAAUAGCAGGAGUGACUGAUGGACAUAGGAGGACAUUAAACCAACUUUACUACCACAGUCAUCAUCUCUGCUGUUAUUCUAAAUGUCUGGAGAUUGGCCAUGAAAUGUUCAGGAAUUCUCAUAGAAAUUUAAAGAAUUUUGUUUUAAUAAUUUGAGGAUUUUUCCUGGAAAUAUUUCAGUAUUUUUAUGGGAAUUUUGGAGGUAUGUUUGUAUAUUUUAAAGAGUUUCAUUGGAA